AUGACGUGUCAAGAAAGUCCCGGAAGCGUUCAGUUGUGCCAAAAUGGCUUAUCAGACUGUUCAACAGGAAUAUUUACAGAUUCCUUUUGUGACUCGGGCAUACACAACUGCCUGUGUCCUGACUACCGCUGCUGUGCAAUUAGAACUCAUCACACCUUUCCAACUAUACUUCAAUCCUGAUUUGAUACUAAGGAAUUAUCAGGUAUGGAGACUCAUAACCAACUUUUUAUUUUUCGGUCCAGUUGGCUUCAACUUCCUUUUCAAUAUGAUUUUUUUGUACCGAUACUGUCGUAUGCUGGAGGAGGGCUCUUUCAGAGGCCGCACCGCUGACUUUGUCUUUAUGUUCCUCUUUGGUGGCCUUUUGAUGACUAUAUUUGGCACCUUUGUGAGUCUGGUGUUCUUGGGCCAAGCCUUCACCAUCAUGCUGGUGUACGUGUGGAGCAGGCGCAACCCCAAUGUUCGCAUGAACUUCUUUGGUCUGCUGAACUUUCAGGCGCCCUUUCUCCCGUGGGUGCUCAUGGGGUUCUCUCUGCUGCUGGGAAACUCCAUCAUUGUGGAUUUACUAGGUAUCGCUGUGGGUCAUGUAUACUUCUUUCUUGAGGAUGUAUUCCCAAACCAGCCAGGUGGUGGCAGAUGGCUCAAGACUCCUUUUUUUCUUAAGAUGCUGUUUGACACUCCAGAAGAAGAUGCCAACUACAACCCACUUCCCGAGGAGCGUCCAGGGGGGUUCGCAUGGGGAGAGGGACAGCGCCUCGGGGGUUAACCUAGCCCCCCACCACAGGAUCACUUUAUUAUGGACAUUCCCUUAGCAAGACAGAGGGACGAACUUGGUCUUUUUUUCUUGACUUAUUUCUCUAGUUCUGAAUGGAGAACGCCAGUAUCCAACCAGAGCUUUUCUGAGAUUGGUGUGUGGCUUACAUCUCCCUCAAACUAUUCUAUAAGCCAGACUGUCACUUUAAGACCACAUGAGGAUGUAACAACAGCAAGGGACUUUUGAUGGGGAACCUUUGUCUGUGUUGAUGUUUGGCUUUAUCUCUGGGGGAAUAUUGUCAAUAUGGGAAACGGAGGCAAAAAUCUGAAUUAAUUCAGAUCUGGAGUUUUUUUCCAUUUUACUUCAAUAAAUAUAUAUAAUUAACGUGUGGCAUAUAUUGCUGGA